AUGUGCGGUGCGGGUUUCAUGUUACUGGCAAUAUGGCUAUAUUUUUUUCAAAAUAAGUCUCAAUCACAUCAGAGGGUACAAAUUGCAACUGAAUAUUUUGUGGAUGAAGAAAAAUAUGUUUAUUUAAUUUUACUGCAUAUAAGCGUAGCAAUUUGUAUAGGGAUAACUGCGGCGCUAGGCGGCGGACAAUUAGUAAUGGCAGUAGUUGUAUAUUUAUGUGGAUUAUUUCGAAUUACAAGUUAUCGCAUCGAAAAAGCAAUGUCCAUUAGAGUCUUCGAAAAUACCCAUCUAGAAAAGCGGACUAUGAUUUAUAAGGAAAUAAUUGAUGCCGUCAAAAUCCAUCGCCAAGCUAUAAAGUUUUCCAAAUUUUUAUCGUCUCAUUUUAAAGGCACAUUGCUCUACACAACAUUAAUUACUGUAAUUAGUUUAAGCCUGAAUAUAUUUGGUAUAUUUCGAAAUGCACUUUUCGAGAAAAAAGAAACAUUUGUAAUGCACUUCGGAUUUGUAAUUGGACUUCUUACACUUAUGUUUCUAAUGAACUACAUCGGGCAAGAAAUUAUAGAUCACAGCAACGAUGUAUAUUCCAUGAUAUACAGCAGUCAGUGGUAUACAGCACCUUUACACGCACAAAAGCUGUUAUUCUUUAUGUUGCAAAGGAGCAGCAAAUCUGUUGAAAUUAAUGUGUCUGGAUUGUUUGUGGUAUCCUUAGAGUGUUUCGCUACGCUAGUAAAAUCAUCGAUGUCCUAUUUCGCAGUUAUGUAUUCCAUACAGGAAUAAUGCAAAAAUACAUUAUUUGUAGUAGAAGCUGACUAGAUACAAAUACGUUGUAAUUUAUCAUUAUUAUAUGCACACAAAAUAUGUACAUACGAAAUUAACGUAUGUAUUU